AUGUCGACCCUGCACGGCAUGAGUUACGAACUGCAGAGCCUGGAGGACCAGGUGCAGAACAAGCGCGAGUGGAAGUACGAGAUGCGGCGCGAGGCGCAGGAGAUCUUGCCGGGACUGUUCGUCGGGCCCUUUCAGCCGAGCUGGAAGCUGGAGGUUCUACAGUCGCUCGGGAUUACCCACAUCCUGUGUAUCGCCGAGACUCGCGAGCAACACAUUCUCAAACCGAAGUUUCCGGAGCACUUUGUCUACCUCAUCCAGGACAUCCGCGAUGCCGACGACCAGAACCUGAUCCGCAUCUUCCCCCAAACCUACAACUUCAUUGACGGCGCGCUUGCGGCUGGAGGACGGGUUCUCGUGCAUUGCGGAGACGGCAUCUCUCGCUCGCCAGCGAUAGUGACCGCCUAUGUCAUGCUCAAGACUGGCUUGACCCACGAAGACGCGUUUACGUUCGUCCAGGCGAGGAGGUUCUGCGUUGCGCCGAGGACAGAGUUCGUACACCAGCUCGAGGCCUACCGCCCGAUCAUCAUGGCUUCGCAGGCUGUCGCGGCAGAUAAGAACGCGCAAGCGGGUCAGCGAGUGCGACGGCGUGGACGGGACGACGAUGAUGACGAGGAGGGCGAUGUGAGCAUGAGCGGCGGAGGCGGGAACGGCAUGCAGAUGGACGCCGACAUGGCCCAGCGUGUUCCUUCCGCGCCCGUCUGGACCGGCCCGCAAGCUUGA